GCCACAAGGCUUCUCUCCCCCCUGAUGCCGCCUUAAUUAGCCGCCUGGCCCCCCUAAUCCUCCUGUUUGCACGGCGGUUACCCGGCUCCUCGUCGGCGAGCGGUGGCGGCGGCGGGGGGCGGAGGGAUGAUGGCGUCGGAGCCGGUGGCGCGGGCCGUGGCGGAGGAGGUGGGGCGGUGGGGCAGCAUGAAGCAGACGGGGGUGAGCCUGCGGUACAUGAUGGAGUUCGGGUCCGUCCCCACGGACCGCAACCUGCUGCUCUCGGCCCAGUUCCUGCAAAAGGAGCUCCCCAUCCGCAUCGCCCGCCGCGCGCUCGAGCUCGAGUCCCUCCCCUUCGGCCUCUCCGCCAAGCCCGCCAUCCUCAAGGUGAGGGACUGGUACUUGGACUCGUUCCGCGACAUCCGGUAUUUUCCGGAAGUGAGGAAUCGGGACGACGAGCUUGCUUUCACGCAGAUGAUUAAGAUGAUCAAAGUGCGGCACAAUAACGUGGUACCUACUAUGGCUUUGGGAGUGCAACAACUGAAAAACGAACAGUUCAGCUCAAGGAAGCUUCCCCCAGGAUUCGAUGAGAUCCACGGGUUCCUUGAUCGAUUUUACAUGUCAAGGAUUGGUAUUCGCAUGCUCAUAGGGCAGCAUGUGGCUCUGCAUGAACCUGAACCAGAGCCUGGCGUCAUAGGCCUCAUCAAUACAAAAUUGUCCCCCAUACAGGUAGCUCAAAUUGCUAGUGAGGAUGCCCGUUCCAUUUGUAUGAGGGAAUACGGAUCAGCUCCUGACAUCAACAUUUAUGGAGAUCAAAAUUUAACAUUUCCAUAUGUCACAUCGCAUCUUCAUCUCAUGUUGUUUGAACUGGUGAAAAAUUCCCUUCGUGCAGUACAGGAAAGAUAUAUGAAUUCUGAUAAAGAUGUUCCUCCUGUCAGAAUUAUAGUUGCUGAUGGAACAGAGGAUGUUACUAUUAAGGUCAGUGAUGAAGGUGGUGGAAUACGGAGAAGUGGGCUCCCUAGAAUUUUCACAUAUCUUUACAGCACUGCAAAGAAUCUACCUGAUAUGGAGGGCCCUAGUGAAGGGGUAACUAUGGCUGGGUAUGGUUUUGGACUUCCAGUUAGUCGCCUUUAUGCGCGAUAUUUCGGUGGCGACCUACAAAUCAUAUCCAUGGAGGGAUACGGCACCGACGCUUACCUCCACUUGUCACGGCUGGGAGACUCGGAGGAGCCAUUGCCUUAGUGACCCCUCCUGUCCUGAUACAGUUUCUGUAAUUAGCAGGUCGUUGGCCCUUCUAAUAAGAAAGCUCACUCCCGUGCGCAGUGGCAUGGGGCGUCCCAAAUGGGCAGGUGGCCUGGGCGUGCUCGAUAUGAGGUGGAUGAAUGUGGCGUUGCAGGCCAAAUGGCUUUGGCUGAAGCGAACAGACCAGACGAGGCCUUCGUGGUCGGAAUUCAGAUUCUCUGUACCGACAUCCCUCGAUAGCCCCACAUCUACAUGUGUAUCGUCGCAGCUCCCGGGCUAGGAGCCUUCCACACAUGGCCAAAUUUCGUGUUUUGACCCUUUGGUCAAACAAAAUCGGGAUCUGACCCCCUUGUAAUUUUUUUGACAUCUGACCCUUUUGCUACCGUCAAAGGGCUCGGCUGUAGGGUCACGGAGGCUACCGCCAGGGCUUCUGGCGGUGGCAUGACAGCCCACUGCCGUUAGCUAACGGCCAGUGCACUACCCUACCGCCGAAGUUCUUGGCGGUAGGUUGACUUACCCUACCGCUGCAGGUCUUGGCGGUAGGGUCAUGUGGGUUUAGGUUUUUACAAGUUUUAUUGAUUGUUUGUUUUGUCACAA